AUGCAUCUCCCCCCUCCCCCCGAACCACGCGAACUCCUCCCCCCCCUCCUCGCCUGCCUGCCCACAGCCUUCAUCUCCCAACGCCCCCCACCCGCCCUCCUCCCCCUCCUCUCCCCUCUCCUCCGCCAGCGAAUCUCCUUCCUCUCCUCCUCCAACACGCAAAGCCAAAGCGACAGCUGGCUCCCCCUGCUCUCAUGGUCCGCCGCGCGAGGGGCCAAACUCCCCGACAUCGUAGAGCGCAUGCCCCUCGAACCACACCCCGUGUCGGGCGAGGUGGAAAUCGACGACCUGCCGCCUGCCAAGUUCCGCCGGCUGGAUGAGGAGACGCUGCAUGCGCAAGUGCGCGCGGAGCAGUUUGGGAUUCUGCCGACGUAUUUGUGGUGUGAGUCGGAUGAGCAUGGACAACUUGGGCCGGGGUGGAGGUUAGCGGAGUUGAGGGCGCUGGAAGACGAGGAGGACGGGACGGAGUGGUUUGAGAGUAUUUCUGAAGCAAACGAUGCGGCGCCGGACGCGCGGAGAGCACAUCUCCCCGAUCCCACUCCGCAGCAGAACAGCAGACCCGCGUACGGAAGGAUACCAAGUAGUACGACGAACGGCGACGACAACGAUGACGCCUACUGGGCCGCCUACGACCGCACGCCCGGCCGCCGCACCCCAGCAAACAAACUAUCCCCCUUGCCCAGCAGCGCGGCACAAUUCCCUCCCCACCUGCAACAACGAGGCGCCAGCGCCGCCGCCUCCCAAGCCGAACAAGACUACUACGCCCGCUACGCAGCCGAAGUGCAACCCGCGCUCGACUCCCACGACCCAGACGAGGAAUCCUCCCAAACGGGGCCCAGCAGCCUAAACGGGCACACCCUUCUCCCCGCAGAAUCGGCUCCCGCAGCCUUACCCUCAACAUCAAGAAUGAGCUACUACGACAAUGACGAUCGCCCCACAAACCACAGCCUGUACCCCGCCCCCAACCCCUCCGCCUUGCAACAAACCAACACCUUCCCCCUCCCGGCUCCAGCACCCAUCUCCCCCUCCGCGAGUCCCAGCCCGACAACCUCGAUAGAAAAACUGGAGGCCCGCGCGCGCGCGAUUUCCGAAGCGGACGAUCGCGCGCACAUGGCGAUUCGGCAGCACAUCGCCACGGAUGUGAAGAGUUUGUAUCGCCUGGCGCGCACGGCGGGCAUGGAACGCGGGGAGUUUGAGAGGGUGGUGCGGACGGAGUUGGAGUGUUUGGGGUUGAUGGAGAGGGAUGAGUAG